GCGGGGCGACGUCGGACUCCAGGAAUGCGCGCUUACGCACUUCCUCCCCGGGUCGGGGCCGAAUCCCAGCAUGGCGGGUUCGAGUCCCGCCUCCUGACUGUAGCUACAAGCCCCUGAGUCCGGGGUGGGGCGCAUUUGCCGGAUAACCUCUCCACAGCGAGGGGCGGCGGCACACGUUGGACUUCACCAUGGAGGACUACCUGCAGGCUUGUCGAGCUGCUUUGCAGGAGUCCCGACGGCUGCACGUUGUGCUGGGAAAUGAAGCGUGUGACUUGGACUCCAUGGUGUCAGCUCUCGCCCUGGCGUUUUACCUGGCAAAGACGACAGAGGCGGAGGACGUUUUCGUGCCAGUUUUAAAUAUCAAACGUUCGGAGCUACCUCUACGAGGGGACAGCGUCUUCUUCCUUCAGAAGAUGCACAUUCCAGAGUCCCUCCUGAUUUUCCGGGACGAGAUUGACCUCCAUGCCUUGCGCCAGGCUGGCCGUCUCACCCUCACACUUGUUGACCAUCAUGUCUUACCCCCAAGUGACGCAGCCCUAGAGGAAGCAGUAGCAGAGGUGCUCGACCAUCGGCCCAUCGAGCAGAAACGCUGCCCUCCCUGCCAUGUUUCGGUGGAGCUGGUGGGGUCCUGCUCCACCCUGGUGACAGAGCGGAUCCUGCAGGGGGCACCAGAGAUCUUGGAUUGGCAGACCGCAGCGCUUCUGCACGGAACAAUCAUCCUAGACUGUGUCAACAUGGACCUUACCAUUGGGAAGGCAACCCCAAAGGACAAGAAAUACGUGGAGCAACUGGAGGCCCUCUUCCCAGAUCUGCCCGAGAGAAAAGACAUCUUUGAUUCUCUGCAAAAGGCAAAGUUUGAUGUGUCAGGACUGACCACCGAGCAGAUGCUGAGAAAGGACCAGAAGACCAUCACCAGACAAGGCCUCAAGGUGGCCAUUAGUGCAAUAUAUGUGGACUUGGAGGCCUUCCUGCAGAGGUCUGGUCUCAUUGCAGACCUCCGUGCUUACUGCCAGGCUCACAGCUACGAUGCCCUGGUUGCCAUGACGAUCGUUUUCAACCCUCACAAUGAGCCAGUGAGGCAGCUGGCUAUUUUCUGUCCCCAUGCAGCCCUCCGAAUGACGAUCUGUGGGGUCCUGGAAUGCUCCCAGUCUCCGUCCCUGAAGCUGACCCCUGUCCCAAGCAGCCACCCCAACCUCCAGGCCUACGUCCAAGGCAACACCCAGGUCUCUCGGAAGAAAUUUCUGCCUCUGCUCCAGGAAGCCCUGUCAGCGUAUUUUGACUCCAUGACAAUCCCUUCGGGGCAGCCUGAGACAGGGGGUGUGUCCAGGGAGCAGGUAGACAAAGAAUUGGACAGGGCAGGUACCCCGCUGAUUCCUGGACUGAGUCAAGAUGAGGAGGACCCCCCACUGCCCCCCACACCCAUGAACAGCUUGGUGGAUGAGUGCCCUCUGGAUCAGGGGCUGCCGAAACUCUCCGCCGAGGCCAUCUUUGAGAAGUGCAGUCAGAUCUCGCUGUCACAGACCACCGGUGCCUCCCUGUCCAAGAAGUGACUGUUGGGACAGGCGAGCAUAGCGAGAGAAGUUGCUUGAACCAUGUUUUGAGACGUUUGCAUGUUUUGAGACGUUUCAGCAAUUGUCUUCGUUGCUCCAGGAUCUGGUGGAUUGUGGUCAUAAACCUGGGAGGAGAAAGAAGUACAAGAAAGCAGCUGCUUCAGGAGUGGCUUUCUGCCUUUCCACCCCCCCCACCCGUCUCUACCAAUCAAAUUUUAUUAUUUAAUUUAAUGAUUUAAGUCUGCACUGACUCUCCUACAUCUCAUUUGCCAGGGGCACAGAGAACGUGUGCCCCAGAAGUGCCCUCCACGAGGCUCUUUCCGGUGUCUCAUGGAACCACACGCUUACGGUCUCCAUGUAUUCACUUAUUCUCUGGUGAAGUCAAGUAUUUAUUACUGAGCACCUACUUCAAGCUAGGUAGAAACAUGGAGUGCUUUGGAAACUCUUCUUCCAGUUUUCAGCCGUUAGCAGAUUUCCAACUUCGUGACCCCUCUCUCUGCCCCCAGCUAGGUAACGAUGUCUGAUUCUGAGGUGACGAAAUUUCUGUUCUGAGCUUAUUGUGACUCUUCCGGCAUUACCGGGGAGCAGGGUAGAGGCCAUUAUCUUCUGUCCUGAUCAGGUGGCCCGGCUCUCACUUUCUUUGGAUUCCUCUCCCCCAAAGCCACGGGGAGCCUGAGGAGACCCAACAGACCCUGGUUCUGGAGUGCUCUGGGCCUAAGACUUCAUAGACUCUUCCCAAAAGCCAGCAGAACUGCGUUAAGAGCCCGGGCUCUGUCCCCAGCCUUAGUGGGUCUGUCAGUUUCUUGUCUGUGUUAUUCUCUUGCUCAUAUUAAGAGGAAGCCUGGAGUUCUGACACCAGCUGCCAUGAACCAUGAGUCUUUUGCGACGCUUUGUCUCUCUAGGUCUCAUUUUCCCAUCUAUAACACCAUGGACCUGGACGCAAACCUCUCUCGCGUUCUGUGAUCUGCCUCUUGCCGCCAUCCUUUCUCUCUGCAUCUCUGAAUGUUUUGGGUUUUAUUUUUCUGUUUUCCCUGGGAAUGCUCGGGGUCACCAGAUUGUCUGUAUUUAUACGUGCUUGUGCCAAGGGACUCGGUCGGCCUCAUGUAGCAUGUACAGAGGUGCGUCUCAGACCUUAGUGACCGGCUGAGAGCUCCCUCCCCUGACUUGUUCGGCGUGUAGUCUCCUUUUCUCUUCAGACCUGUCCCCCUGUCCCCCCGACCCCCCGCAGCUCUAUUCCACAUAAGUUGCCAACAGUUUCACUGAGUAGUGGGGGGGUGUGACGCGUGGCGUCUUCAUUGUAAUGGGGGGCGGGCGGACUUCCUGCGGGGAUGAUGUGUGUAGCCAUUGGAAGGUGAAAAUAGUCGUGUGAUUACUGAACCAAAAGAGUUUAUGUUUUGUAAUUUGGGUACUUUAUUUUGCAUUUUGUUAAAGUAUUAAAUUUUUUUUUCCUGUUU